UUGUACUUAAUCGCGUGCGAGAACGCAAUAGCGACAUCGCUGUCUGCAGUCCUGUGAACCGCUGGCCAGAUGAUGUUGACGGCCGAUCAUAUUGACCCCUCACAUACUCUCACAUACUGGCUGUUCAGAACGAGAUGCAAUACAUAGCCAAUAUCAACAACCUUACCUUAUGUAUCUGACAAGCGGGUGGUGGAUGGAUCCUUCGCGCAUGCAAAGUAGCACGAUGAUAUAACCAUCACUACCUCCCCAUCCACUACUAUAUCCCAUCCUCUACCCCACCAUCGCAUACAGGUCAGGAUGCUGGAAUACCGCACCGCCGGCUUCAACCCCUACGCCGUGAAAUACUCCCCCUUCUUCGACUCACGCCUCGCCGUCUCCGCCGGCGCCAACUUCGGCCUUGUCGGCAACGGCCGCCUCUUCGUCCUCAACCUCACCUCCAACGGCAUCGUUUGCGAGAGAUACUACGAAACCCAAGACUGUCUCUUCGACACCGCCUGGUCCGAGCAGCACGAGAACCAGAUCCUCACCGCCGGCGGCGACGGCAGCAUCAAGCUUUUCGAUGUCGGCGUGCAGGGUGAGUUUCCUGUUGCGGGGUGGCAGGAGCACGGUCGAGAGGUGUUCUGCGUGCAUUGGGGCUUGGUGGAUAAGAGUCGCUUUUUGAGUAGUAGUUGGGAUGGCACGGUUAAGAUUUGGAUGCCGGAGAGGAAGGAGAGCGUGAUGACAUUGCCGGUGCAUAGUUGUGUGUACAGCGCUGAGUUCUCGCCGCAUCAUCCAGACAUCCUGACUGCCGUUUCGCGCGACUCACAUCUGAGGGUGUAUGAUCUACGGACGAAAGCCAGUGCGCAGAAUCACAUGACGCUCGCUGUACCCAUCCAUGCGGCACCAAAGGUGCAGCAGCCGAGCAUGGGAGGACUAGGGAAGACGGGCAGUCUCGGCCCAACAGAAUGCUUGACGCACGAUUGGAACAAGUACCGCGACUCCGUCCUUGCGACGGCAGGUGUGGACGGCGUGAUCCGCACCUUCGAUUUGCGCCAACCCUCUGGACCCGUGAAUCUGCUUCCUGGUCACGAGUACGCCGUGCGAAAGGUGAGCUGGAGCCCACAUCUCUCUGACGUCUUGCUGAGCGCAAGCUACGACAUGAGCUGUCGCGUUUGGACGGACGGCUCAAACGUUGACCAAGGUGGCAACGGAGUCGGUCUCGGAAGAGAGAUGGGUCGGAUGGAUCGUCAUACCGAGUUUGCCAUGGGUGUGGACUGGUGCCUGUUCGGUGCGGAAGGCUGGUGUGCGAGUUGCGCAUGGGACGAGAGGGUGCUCGUCUGGGACGUCAGAGAGUUCAUGCGGGCUGGAUGAGCACUGCUACCCGUACGAAUGUUCCUUGGUGAAGCUUGCGCUUAUUACGGACAGAUGGCCCUCUAUACAAA